GUCAACGCGAGAUUUUAUCAAGCACUUGUUAGCAUUCGCUCUGAACUGCACCAAAUAUUUGUGAUUACUUUGGAUCCAGUAUCAAGUCAACUUUCUAAAAGCAAAAAUGUUCUCCAUCAACAAAUCGACCGUUGCCUUUGCUGCCAUCGCUGUUGUUCUGAUCUCGGUGUUUUCGUCGACCGUUGAGGGCAUACCAUCCAUUGGACACUACGGCAAACGCUUUGACACCAUGUCCGGCAUCGAUUUCAUUCAGAUCUGCCUCAACAACUGCGCGCAAUGUAAGAAAAUGUUUGGUGACUACUUUCAAGGUCAGACCUGCGCCGAGUCCUGCCUAAAAUUCAAGGGCAAAGCCAUUCCAGACUGCGAGGACAUCGGCUCUAUUGCACCGUUCCUCAACGCACUCGAAUAAAGAGUGAGACCGCGAUUGCAUCCGCUUCGCCGCCACCGCCAUAACUUGCUCUCCAAGCCGCUGACUUCUGCGCUGCACGCCGCCACUGCUCACCUUACACCCACACUGUUUAGUGUUAAAAUCAUGAGCUUGACUGCGUGUUUAAAGUAUUUUUGUAUAUAAUUUUGUGUGUAUUGAACUUUGACUUGAAUCGUUUGCGUGACGUACUCGUCUAAUUUGGGUCAUUGCCAAUGUGACCGUCAGCAACCGCGCUACUUUUACCAUACGCUCACUACGCAUCAAACCAAAUAUCACCGAACAUAAAUUCGCUUAUUUAUUUUUAUUUUAUUGUGAUUUGCAUAUUUUAUUGAAGUUAUUUGAUAUGCGAAAUGAACUCAUCGAAAAUAAUUAAUGUGGUCGAAAGCUCUGACGACUUCAUGUGGACCCAUGGUGAUCCAUACAACUACAAAAGGAUAUAAAAAUUACCUACUGAAAUAGUCCUGAGUCCCGCGGUAUCAUAAAGUUCCUAAGUAAAUAAUUUGUGGUAUUAUAUUUACAUAUAUAGUUUAGUAGUCCCAAUUUGUAGUUCCAUUUAUAUAAAUGUAAACGCAUAAAUGUAUGCAUGUGCUUACUUCUUUGGAUAUUAUAGAGUAAACAGAAAUAUUGUAAAACUUGCAACGGAAUAACAUGAAAAUAUUAAACAAAUAAAAG